AUGGUCGGAUCGACAAGGGGGCUAGUAGGGCGCUUGAACGGCGAGUUCGAGGAGCGAGGUCUCGCUCCACCGAUUCAAGUUCACUGUUUGAUCCACCAGCAAGCGCUGUGCUGCAAAGUGUUAAAGUGGGCGUCUGUGAUGAAGGUGGUCGUGCAGUGUGUCAACUACAUCCGGAAAAAUGGGCUGAAACACAGGCAGUUCCAGGCCUUUCUCUCCGAAUUGGGGUCUGCCUACCAGGAUGUGCUGUACUACACCGAAAUUCGAUGGCUAAGUCGAGGCAAAGUAUUGCGCCGUUUCUACGACCUGCUGCCCGAAAUUAAUACCUUCCUCCAGUCUAAAGGUGAAACGGUACAGGAGCUGACGGACCCGGGGUGGAAAUGGGACCUCGCGUUUUUAACUGAUGUGACUGAAGUGUUGAACCACCUCAACCUACAGCUCCAAGGCAAAGGGAAUCUCAUCAGUGACAUGUAUUCCCACAUAAAAGCAUUCGAGGUCAAACUGCAGCUCCUUCUGCGACAGGUCCAAAAGCUGGACUUCACACAUUUCCCUGCCACCCAAAUGUACUGCGCCGAGAAACCAGCUGCUCCUUUCCCUGUCGCGAAGUGCAAGGAUGCCCUGGAGAUGCUGCAGCGAGAGUUCAGUGUGCGCUUCCGCGAGCUUCAUGUCAACAACAAAGACAUACGUCUGUUCCAGAACCCGUUUGCUGCUGACAUAGACGACGCACGUCCCUCUCUUCAGUUUGAACUAGCCGAGCUGCAGAAUUGUGAUGUCCUUAAAGACGCAUUCAAGCCUGACAGCCUACUUGAGUUCUAUGCUGCUCUACCAGAGUGCACAUACCCAAACAUCAAACAACAUGCUCUGAGGAUGUGCACCGCAUUUGGCAGCACCUACACGUGUGAGCAGACGUUUUCCCGCAUGAAGCAAAUAAAAAAUCCAACGAGGAACAGACUCUCAGAUGAACAUUUGCAUCAAACUUUGAGACUGGCAACCACUAGGCUACACCCAGACAUCGGACUUCUCGCCAGCCAGAAGCAAGCACACAGUUCACACUGA